GCUAACGGCGAACAACUAGUAGUCCGUUUCUUAGCAUUAGCAUCGCAGCUGCAGCCAUGGGUCGUUUUCCGUGGCUCCUCCUCGCACUCGUCGCUCUCCUGUGGGCAGAUUCCACGUCAGCGCUGGUCUUCACGCUGCUGAAGCGCGAGUGCUUCCAGCAUUUUGUGCCGACAGGCGGCGAGCCCGUCCACGUGUCAUUCGUGGUCGUCAAAUCGGAUUUCGGCUGGGUGGGAGGCGAGCAGGCUAAAAUUGAUCUAACGGUGGAGGAUCCCAGGGGGCACGAGCUGCGCAAGAUUGAUCAGAGGACGGAUGAUAACUUCAUGUUCACCGCUGCCGUGGACGGGUUCUUCAAGUUCUGCUUCAAGACGGACUCCGCCAUGCACGAAUCCGUGGCCUUUAACGUGGAGAACGGCCACCCAUUGAGCACUGAACACGUGGCAAGAAAUGACCAAAUCGACCCACUAGUGAAGGAGGUGAAUCGGCUGCACAGGGAGGUGAUGCGCACCAAGCACGAGAUCCACUACUCCUUCUACAUCGCCGAGCAGCACGCGCAGGUCGACAGGUGGACGGCACAGAGAGUUCUCGCCAAGGCAGUGCUACAGGCAGGAGCUCUCGUCACGUGCGGAAUAGUGCAGGUGUUUCUGCUGCAACGACUCUUUGAGAAGAGGCUUAAGAUGAGCCGAGUGUAGCACAGCACACAAAGACUCUUAAGCUCCUCAAGCAGUGGGUUUUAGGCAGGGUAGCUUUUCAGGUAGUGGGUGCUCUCCUCACAUGCGGAAUAGUGCAGGUGUUUCUGCUGAAGCGGCUCUGAGAAGAGGCCAAAACUGAGCCGGGUAUAGGACAUGCUGCAUGCACUCAUUGGCUCUUCAAGCAGUGGGUUCUAUCAGAAAUAAUAAUAACUAGAGUGGGGAGAUACAAGGGAAUAUAGUCUAGAGAGUUGUACCCAUUAAGGCACAAACAUAUAUAGUCUACAGUAACUG